UAAGAAAACUACGCAAUCGGAAGAUAAUUAUGUAACUGUGUUUUAACAACUGACCACAAAACGUUCGUACUGUGAUUGACAGGCUCUCCGCCAGCCUCUGCAUAUAAGACGAAGGAGGAGGGAGCGCAGUCGCUGUUGCGCCUCAGGUCCUCCAGACCGUGGAUGUAGUGAAACAAAGUGGAUUUAAACUUCUUUUUUUAACACAAAGGCUUUGCAGGGAAAGACCCUUUCUCAUUAAUUUAAUCCUUGAUUCAAACCAUCAGAUAGGUAUAUUUACAUUUUUUUUCUUUUUUUGGUUUAGUUUUUGUUUGUUUUCUUUUUGUUCUGUUUUAUUGUUGCUGGACAUCAGUCAGACUAUAAAACAUAAAUUAAAUUUGUCUGAAGAUGAUACUCAGGAGAAGCCUCUUCUUGUUGCUCCUGUCCAUAAUCAACCAAGCAGCCCCUCAAGAUGAAGAGCCGGAGGAAGAAACAUUUGACUUAUUUGAAAUCAGCCACAUUACACGCAGGACUCUGGGGGCCAAACAGUUUCGGGGCCCAAACGCUGACGCCCCUGCCUACCGCUUCAUCCGCUUUGACCACCUGCCUUCAGUAAAUCCUCUUACGCUAAAACAAAUACUGCGUCAGAUCCAAAACAAUGAAGGCUUUGUGUUCGUGGCCAGCAUUCGCCAGGACCGCGGCACGCGUGGCACUCUGAUCGGUCUGGAGGGUCCUGAUGGCAGGCGGCAGUUUGAGAUCGUGUCCAAUGGACGUGCCAACACUCUGGACCUCAUAUACUGGGUGGACGGCUCGCAGAACGUGAUCUCGUUUGAGGAUGUGGACCUGUCUGACUCACAGUGGAAGAAUGUCAUUCUCCAUGUUCAUGGGGAGAAUGCGGACCUGUAUGUGGGCUGCAGCCUCAUCGACAACAUCGUCCUGGAAGAGCCCUUCUAUGAGCACCUGCAGCAUGAAGGAAGCCGCCUGUAUGUUGCUAAAGGAUCCAUUCGAGAGAACCACUUUAGGGGCCUUCUUCAAAAUGUGCAGUUCAUCUUUGACACAUCAGUGGAAGAUAUCCUCCUGAGCAGAGACUGCAAGUUUGAUAAGAAAGAUGAUGAAAAUGCUGUUAGUGGGAGCACAAAAAUGGUGGAUGUAGCAACUUCCAUCACUACAAACAGUAUAGGUCAGAAGACAGAUGACCUGGGUGCAGAUAUGUGUGAACGCUCCUGUGAGGAACUUAGCACCAUGUUCCAGGAGCUCAAAGGCCUGCGCGUUGUCGUCAGUAAUCUUAUUGACGGCUUGCAAAAAGUGACAGAGGAGAACACAGUCAUGAAGGAAGCCCUCAGGAGAAUGAAGGACUCUAAAGAGAAAAACAUGUGCUGGCAGGACGGCCGCCUGUUUGAGGACAAGGAAGACUGGGUUGUGGACAGCUGCACUAAAUGUACCUGCCAGGAGUCUAAGAUUGUGUGUCAUCAAAUUACAUGCCCACCAGUGGCCUGUGCCAGCCCCUCAUUUAUUGAUGGCGAGUGCUGCCCUGUGUGCAUGCCUAAAGACAGUGAGGAUGGCUGGUCCCCCUGGUCAGAGUGGACAGAGUGCACCGUCACCUGUGGGAUAGGAACUCAACAGAGGGGACGCUCAUGUGAUGCAACCAGCAACCCCUGCACAGGACCAUCUAUCCAGACCCGCAAGUGCAGUCUGGGCAAAUGUGACAGUCGUGUUCGGCAAGACGGAGGGUGGAGUUUGUGGUCGCCUUGGUCGACUUGCUCUGUGACCUGCGGAGAAGGACAGAUCACUAGGAUACGCCACUGCAACGCUCCUGUGCCACAGCUUGGGGGCAAAGACUGUGAGGGAAGUGGGAGAGAGACUCAAAGCUGCACUGCCAAGCCAUGUCCAAUCGAUGGUGGCUGGGGACCAUGGUCCCCAUGGGCAACAUGUUCAGCAACAUGUGGAGGGGGAGUCAAAACUCGUUCACGGGAGUGCAACAGCCCCAAACCUCAACAUGGUGGCAAGAAGUGCAUUGGGGAGGCCAGCGACAGUGACAGCUGUAACAAGGAGGACUGUCCCAUUGAUGGCUGCCUGUCCAACCCAUGCUUUGGGGGAGUGGAUUGCAGCAGCUCUGCUGACGGGUCAUGGGAAUGUGGUCCAUGUCCUGCUGGUUUUCGUGGAAAUGGAACCCACUGUGAGGAUAUUAAUGAGUGUGACAUGGUGUCUGAUGUUUGCUACAAAGUGAGUGGAACGCAGCGUUGCGUCAAUACUGAUCCAGGUUUCCACUGCCUGCCCUGUCCAAAACGCUACAAGGGCACCCAGCCUUUCGGUAUGGGUGUGGAGGCUGCCAAACAGAAAAAACAAGUGUGUGAGCCGGAGAACCCAUGUAAGGAUAAGACCCACAACUGUCACAAAUAUGCAGAAUGCAUCUAUAUCAGCCACUUCAGCGACCCGAUGUACAAGUGUGAGUGUCGUACUGGUUAUGCUGGGGAUGGCUUCAUUUGUGGUGAAGACUCAGACUUGGAUGGAUGGCCCAAUCAGAACCUCGUGUGUGGUGUCAACACCACAAAUCACUGCAAGAAGGAUAACUGCCCUAACCUCCCAAAUUCUGGACAAGAAGACUUGGACAAAGAUGGCCAAGGAGACGCUUGUGACAAGGAUGACGAUAAUGAUGGAAUUCUGGAUGAAAGGGACAACUGUCCCCUCCUUUACAAUCCUCGCCAGUUUGAUUUUGAUAAAGAUGAAGUUGGUGACCGCUGUGACAACUGCCCCUAUGAACACAACCCUGCACAAAUAGAUACAGACCACAAUGGAGAAGGGGAUGCCUGUGCAGUGGACAUUGAUGGAGAUGAAAUCCUAAAUGAGAAUGACAACUGUCCCUAUGUGUACAACACUGACCAGAAGGACACUGACAUGGAUGGAGUUGGUGACCAAUGUGACAACUGUCCAUUGCUUCAUAACCCUGACCAGACUGAUGUUGACAAUGACCUGGUUGGAGAUCAGUGUGACAACAACCAGGACAUCGAUGAAGAUGGUCAUCAGAACAAUUUAGACAACUGUCCCUAUGUGGCCAAUGCCAAUCAAGCGGAUCAUGAUAAGGAUGGAAAAGGAGAUGCAUGUGACUAUGAUGAUGACAAUGAUGGUAUACCCGAUGACAAGGACAACUGCAGACUAACACCCAAUGCAGACCAGCUGGACUCUGAUGGGGAUGGAAGAGGAGAUGCCUGUAAAGAUGACUUUGACAAUGAUAACAUCCCAGAUAUCCUUGAUGUGUGUCCUGAGAACAAUGCCAUUAGUGUAACAGACUUCAGGAAGUUCCAGAUGGUCCACUUGGAUCCUAAGGGAACCACUCAGAUUGAUCCCAACUGGGUGGUCAGACACCAGGGCAAAGAGCUGGUUCAGACUGCCAACUCUGAUCCUGGUAUUGCAGUAGGUUUCGAUGAGUUCAAUGCAGUGGACUUCAGUGGGACAAUGUAUGUGAACACAGACAGGGAUGAUGACUAUGCUGGCUUUGUUUUUGGCUACCAGUCGAGUGGGCGCUUUUAUGUCGUGAUGUGGAAGCAGAUCACACAGACUUACUGGGAGGACAAGCCCUCCAAAGCCUUUGGCAUCUCAGGUGUGUCACUCAAAGUUGUGAACUCAACCACGGGCACUGGUGAAAAUCUGAGGAACGCUUUGUGGCACACAGGCAACACUGCAGGACAGGUGCGCACUCUGUGGCAUGACCCCAAAAACAUUGGCUGGAAAGAUUACACAGCUUAUAGGUGGCAUCUCAUCCAUAGACCAAAGACUGGCUUCAUAAGGGUUGUGGUCUAUGAAGGCAAGCAGAUCAUGGCCGACUCAGGACCAGUUUAUGACAAGACAUUUGCUGGUGGCAGGCUAGGUUUGUUCGUCUUCUCACAAGAGCUGGUUUUCUUCUCUGACCUCAAGUACGAGUGCAGAGAUAAGCCGGAGUUCCCAACAGUCUUUACAAGAUAACUGAAUCAAGUUGGGCAGGAAAACAUCAGAGGACAAAAGACAAGAAUCUCUCCAAGUAAAUAUGACAUCACCUCUGAAGCCAUUUAAACUCAAAUAGGACUUUGCAUACUUGCAAUUUUUUGCAUUGAUCUAUUGACUGGAGGAGAUUUUCCUGGUGAUUUAUACACAUUUCUCAUUCUGAGAGAGAUAACCUGAUGACAAUGAACCUGUUUUUAAAAAGCCUCUGCAGACUAUCUAACUAUAACUAGUGUAACUAUUCUACAUUUAAAAGUCAUUGUGCAACCACUUACGUAUGCGAUUCCCUACAGUUUCCUAUUUGCUGCAACUUCUAAAUGUCCUGUAACUCCAACAGCUGCUCAUACUGCCCCAGACAAACAUAAGUUGUAACCAAAAGCUUAGUCAUUUAGCUCUUCACUAUUUCUCCUCUUUCUUCUCAUCCUGAAUGUGUUUUUAAUGGAGAGCUUGGGUGAACAAUUUCAACAGUGCCAAAGAUGUUUAUACUAAGUCUGUACUAUAAUUUCUUUUGUAAAUUAUUUAAGCUCUGCCUGUUCUGUUUGUUGGCAUUUUUUGCUAGUUUGUAAAUAAUUUAUUUAUUUGUUUACACUGAUGCAUAUAACUGAAUAUCACAAACGUCAAGAUAACGCAUUACAAUACUGCAAGAUUAUUAAUGUUGUGCACUUCCUUUAGUUUUUUCUAAUCUUUCAGAGGAACUGUGGCAGAAAGUUGCUUUAAAAAUUAUUACAUCCACAAACACAGCGGAUGUUUAUGAAGGUGACAGAUACAGUUAAUUCUAUUUGUUAAGUUUUCAGAGAGAUAUGUCACUUUAGUACUGGUGUAAUACCUUUGAUUGCCCCUAUUCCAUGUCUGUAAGACAUUAUUAAGGGUCAUUCGUCUAAAAUGGCUGCUACACUUUUUGUUUUUAAAAUACCUGAUCCUGAGUGAAUCCAGUGUUGUGCACCAAAUGACUUGACCUGACAGUCUGAGGUUCAUCUGUAAAUUUGUCUGUGUGUCAAAGUCAUGAAGAUAAAAUACAGUGAAACAUUUUAUACAAAUACUUUUUCACUCAUAUGUUAGUUAUAAGUGUCAUUUAUGGAUGUUGUGAAACUUUACAGUGUUGCUGGAAAAGCUUCCAGAUGAAGGUCUUAGUGUGACUGUACAAUGUGGGUCAAGGACAUGAUUGUCUGUAUAUUAUUCAUGUCCUUGUUUUGGUUUUCAUCUUGUUCAUUGUCUUGAAAGUCUAUCAUGCACAAAAUUUAAAUGUUUUUGUAAACAUGUGUUGUUAGGUACACAUUUUCUACAGACAUUGGAAGAUUGUUCUGUUUCAUAAAUAAAACACUUCUACACCA